GGUAUAUGCAAUAUAAAGAAGUUGUAUGAAGUUAUAUUUCUCUUAGAUGAUUAGCCAAGAAGCGAGAUUAAUAUUUUUGAACUUUCUUAUUUGCGCCAUUUUCACUCGAUAAAGAGAAUAAUAGCUUUGUGAAAAGAUGGCCGAUGAAAUACCCGAUUUAACACAGUUAGUUAGCUCUAUUCCAAAGAUUGUCAUCACUGAGCCGUCGCCAUUCAGGGUGGGAACCGCAACUGAAACUUCCACUGCUACUUCUACUCCUGCUGUCGAAUCUGCGCCAACAACUUCGCCCGCGGGCGACAUCAACGUGAAAGCGUCCGGUGACGACUCAAAGCAAGACAGCGAUGAAUUCAAGGAUCCCGACUGCGAGUUGUGUGAAGAGGACUCUAAAGACAAAGCGUCUGAAAUUGUUAUGGAAAUAGAUGCUCGUGUUCCAGUGCAGCCAUCUGAACGUGAAAGGAAUGAGGAAAAUGAGGACGACUUUAGGACCACAACGAUUGAAAACUGUUUUGAGCGUUGUAUGAGAGCCCUGGCCUCAUUUAACGAAUCCAAAUAUAUGCUAAUUAUCCAGAUCCUACUGCUCGUUAUCCCUAUUUCGGCUGGAUUCAUGGGAGCGAAAUAUCUGGAUAAAUGCCCCCACAGCUCUGAGACGCCCGUCUUCUUAUUCAUGAUGGGAAUCGCUGGUACGAUUGUCAUUAUCUGUAGGAUUUUGCUCAUCUCUCAGAAGAUCUUGUUGCCGACACACAGAGAAUGGGAAGUGCUGAGGGUGAUCGUCAUCGUUGGCAACCUGGCUAUCAUUGUAUGCCUAGCAACAGAAAUGUUUUCAUUUUUCCGGGCUGCUCCAAGCUUUGAGGUCGGAUCAGCGCAUUAUUGCCACGAAGCAUUUUAUAAAUACACGUACUGGGCCAACUGGUCUUGCCUCAUCAUCAUUACCUUCUUGAUGCUCUUGCAGUUGCCAAAUUGUUCCGUAGUCACUUUGCAAAAUGAUGUAACACCAUAAAUUUUAACUAUCGUUUUUAAAGUUUGUGCAUUUAUAGCCAAUGUUUAUAUUUUGUAAUAACUGUUGCUUAAUUUUCUCGUAUUUUUAAUAAAUUAUUUGAAUUAUUUUA